UCCCCAAACAAAAACAAAACAAAAUAAAAACGACUGUGGACGCGCUAAUCCGCGCUUCUAAAAAUUAUAUAAUUACAGCAAACGGGUUGCGGGAUUUUUAAAUCCAAUUAAUAGUUUAAAAUUGUGUUUGUGUCAUUAAAUGCUGAGAAGUGUGCGUCAAAGCUGCAGUCCAAGUGGCCCUGGAUGUGCUGUCAAAUCCAAAACCGGAUCUCCGUGAGCUCACCUUUGUGACGUCGUCUAUUGUCGUAGUGUUGUAUUUAUCAUAGUUAAUUAGUCGCGAAAAUGGUUACGACAACUGCGAUCGCCGAUCUGUGCAUAUUCCUGCUAACCUGGAAUGUUGGCACACAUUCGCCCAGGGAUUUGUCGCUGACAUCGCUGCUGGCCUUGAAUGGAACCACCAACUGUCCGGGCAACCAGCUGCCCGACAUUUACGUCAUAGGUAUGCAGGAGGUCAGCACCAAGCAGGUGCUGAACAUCUUCCAGGACGACCCGUGGGUGAUGAAAAUAGCCAGCCAUCUGCACGAUCACAAGUACGUGAAGGUGGACUCCAAGCAGCUGCAGGGAAUACUGAUAACGAUGUUCGCCCAACACAAACACAUUCCCCACAUGAAGAACAUCGAAACGGAGGCGACCAGAACUGGCCUGGGGGGCCUGUGGGGUAACAAGGGUGCAGUAAGCAUCCGCCUCAGUCUGUAUGGGACUGGAGCCGUCUUCGUGUGCUCUCAUUUGGCGGCCCACGACGACAAGCUGAAGGAACGCAUCGAAGACUACCACCAGAUAGUGGACAACCACAAGUACGAGGCCUCGGGCUAUCGUCGCAUCUUUGACCACGACUUUGUCUUCUGGUUUGGAGACCUCAACUUCCGACUCUCUGGCGAGACCAGCGCAUGGGACGUGCGGACCGCAGCGGAAGGUAUGCGCUAUGAGGAGUUGCUCAAAGAGGACCAGCUAAACCUGCUGAGGGAGUCGGGGAAUGCCUUUAGCUUGCUGGAGGAGCAGGCACCCAACUUUGCACCCACUUUUAAGUUCAUCGAGGGCACUAAUGACUACGACCUGAAGCGACGCCCUGCCUGGUGUGAUAGGAUCCUGCAUCGCGUGCAGCGCAAUAUUUAUCCGGCCGUUACCCUGAGCGCCACCCAGCUGUCUUAUCAGUCGAAUAUGGAGUAUACCCUCUCCGACCACAAGCCCGUAUCUGCGACAUUCAAUUACAAAGUGGAGACGGCUAAUCAGACCGACGAGGAGCUGCAUGAAAUGACCCAUGCCGGCGCCGCUACACCCGGCACGCCAAAUGUUAGUUUAACCUUCGCCUUUAUCGUGCUUGUAGCCUUGCCUUAUACUCAACUCUGAUUUCGCUUCUUUUUGUAGUUGUUUAAUGCCCAGCUAGAGCAAUGGUGAUGCAACCAUGACGUCAAUUAAUUGUUAAAUCACUUGUUAAAGCUUUCUAGAUCAAAUCUAAGCAAUAGACAUAAUUAAUUGUAAUUUCCUUACAGAAGAAAUCUGUGAAACGAAUACGAUAUUAAGAGUACAAUGUAAAGGAAUCUCAUUACGCCUUAGAAUCAAUCAAGCAAUCUACUCAAGUGUCAAUCCUCGAAGUGCAAAGAUAUCUACAUACAUAUAUACUAUCUAUCGAAAUAACAUUUACAUAAUUCUAAAGACUAACCUGCUGCAUAUCGAACAUUGAUUCAAGUUGUAUUAGACAACGGUAUUUUUCUACAUAUGUACGAGUAUAUAAAUUUUAAAUCGAAAUAAAGACUUGUUUUUAACUGGCAAUCGAAUUGACUCAUCUCUCAGAUCU